AUGCAAGAAGCCCUUACUGCGUGUCAACCAAGCGGAAAAACGGGCCUCUCCAAGCGCUUCAAAGCCAGCCUUCAAGCACCAGGAGGGAGGGAGUUCGGUGGACUUGCAGACAGCGACAUUGAAGAUAUCGCUCUUGGUGAAGCAGAGGGGGCUACAGUUACGAACAAAUCAGAGCUCGACGACAAUGGCAUGAUCGGUCUUGUAAAUGACUAUACUACACCUGUCAAUUCACAACCAGGUUCGAAGGGCUCAUCAGCUGUAUCUUCUCAUCAACCCUCUCGUCAACCCUCUGUUGAGUUCAACCCUCUCCCCAAGAAAGGUGCUGUACGAACAGCACAUCUCCCGACAGCUCGUGCCCAGCCUGGAUCCCAACAUUCAUCUCGUGCAGGAUCCCGGUCAGCCUCACGUACCCAUACUCCAGCCGAAUCUCGAGCUCAUUCACCAAACCCUGCUGCUCAAGGAUCUGGGGAAAAAGGAGGCCAGAGGGUCGGAACAAGUGCGAAGGAAUACCCGGAGUUUAUCAGGGGCAACUGGUCUAGUUGUGUCCUCCCAACAGCGAAGCAUGCCAUGUUCGCUUCUGAUCAGCCAAUGGUCAAAUUUCGUCGAGACAAGGUCCUUCUUGAAACUGUUCAAGAUAUUGUCAACCAGACAUUCCCAGAAAUCACAUAUGUUUGCUCUCUGGAUAGAGAUGCAGUGUUUCAACAGAUAUAUAACCAGUUGAAUGAGACAUGUUCUGAAAUAGGGUCGAAAGCAAUCAAGACUGUUGGCGAGUUCUUUAGUCAUCCAGAGUAUAAUGGUCAUUACAGGAGGAUUCUUGAGUAUGCUACAUGGGCCAGUGAUCGGCUUGAAGAUGGUCCCGCCUUCUACGCUGAACCAUCAGCCAGUAAUAUUAAGCCCAGCGAUGGAAACUACGUGCCACCAAGGGGGCUGUUUCAAUCAUACUUUGUCAUUGAAAUGAUGAAGUUCUACAUGAGCAAAAUGGCCCAGUCAAGCAUCGAAUAUGGGUGUCCUGUUGGUCUGGUUGGUCUGGUUUGUGCAGCGUCGAAAGGCCACCCACCGCUGGUUUCACUCACCAAGGAAAGCGAACGGUUCUCAGAAGUGAAUGUGGGCAAACACGUCAAGGCCUUUGUAUGCUAUGCGGCCAGCCUCACCGACGAUGAAUGGGAAGACCUCAUGGUCCUGUAUGAAUACUCCCCUAAUCCCCCAUGCGACGAGGGUGGUGCCUCAAGCGACUCUGAUCAAUCUAUCAAGCUCUAUAUCCCUCAUUAG